GGGGUAGGGGAAGACUCCAGUUUCCACGUUCAACUGGGGUUCGCAUGCUCACACUCUCCCGAUUACUUCACCGGCGAUCAAAUUCGCAAUGGCGAGGAAAUUAGGAUUUGCUUUCUUACUACUAGCAGCAGCGUCGAUCUGUGARGCUGCCGUGAUAUUUAACCCGAUCUCUGAAGCUCACCGGUCUGCGGCAUUGGAACUGUUUUCCCCUGCCGCAGGGGAGUUUUCGAGCUUAGAAGACGCAUUCGAAGCUUUAAGGACAUUUGAGGUCCUUGGAAUCGAAACAGAGCCUGAUCUAAAGGAUUCCACUUGUAAAUCUGUGGUGGAUACUCUUUCUUCGGGGUCAUCGAACUCGACGGAUCUUUAUCAUGCAUUACGAGUUAGUUCGCUAUUAAAAUGCAAGAUUAGWAAAGGAGAUUUAACGGGUGUUGCAUCAAGGCUUAAAGACUCCGUCAAAGAUGCAAAGUUGCUUCUAGAUUUUUAUUAUUCAAUAGGAGGUUUGAUACUAAUCAAGGAUCAAACUUCUGAAGUUGACGUACUUCUUGCGGAUGCUGAUGGAAUUUUUCGAUCUGUAAAGGCUCUCGGCCAAAGUGAUGGAAGGUGGCGUUAUAGUUCUAACGAUCCCGAAUCAAGUACUUUUGCUGCAGGAGUAGCACUUGAGACACUUUCUGGGAUUAUUACUUUGACGUCUUCUGAAAUUGAUGGAAAUCUGAUUGAUACCCUGAAAAAUGAUGUCAUGAAGCUACUCCACAAUAUUGAUAAAUAUGAUGAUGGGGCCUACUACUUCGUUGACCAACUUCUUGGUGCAAGUGGACAUCAAGGYCCUCUUUCAGCUACCUCAUCAGUUGUUCGUGGACUGACAACUUUUGCUUCCACUUCCGGAAGUCUUAAUAUACCAGGGGACAAGAUAUUGGGAUUGGCAAGAUUUUUUCUUGGCAUUGGAAUCCCUGGCARUGGAAAGGAUUUGUAUUACCAAAUUGAUGCUUUAGCUUGCUUAGAUAACAACAGGGUAUCGGUUCCUCUCAUUUUGUCACUUCCAGCCAGGGUCCUUUCGGUUACCAGCCAAGAGAAACUUAAGGUCAAGGUGACCACUGUGCUGGGAUCUACCGCACCUCCUUCAUCAGUAAAACUCAUGCAAGUUUUCGGCUCUGGAUCAAAGGAUGCUUCGAUCAUUAAACAGGAACUCAGAUUUGACCCUAAAGAAGCGGUCCAUAUUCUGGAUGCUUUGCCAGUAGGUGUUGAUGUUGGGGAGUAUGUUUUCGCUUUUGAGAUUGUGCUUUCAGACCCGGAACAUAAAAAAAUKUAUGCAACUGGAGGACGAGCAAAAGUUCCAAUCUAUGUCACAGGAGUUGUCAAAGUUGAUAAUGCCAAAGUUGAAGUACUUGAGAGCGACAGCAUAGAGACUCAAAAGAAGCUCGAUUUACCCGGAAAGAAUGACGUGGGUUUGUCAGCAAACCAUCUCCAAAAACUGCGGUUGUCCUUUCAGUUGACGACUCCUCUUCAAAACGAGUUCAAACCUCACCAGGCAUUGUUGACGUUGAGACAUGAAUCGGGAGUCGAACAUAUUUUUGUUAUCGGGAACUCUGGCAAACAGUUUGAGAUAACACUGAAUUUUCUUGGGCUUGUUGAGAAAUUCUUUUAUCUCUCUGGUAAAUAUGACAUGGAGGUGACAGUGGGUGAUGCCGCCAUGGAGAACUCUUUCUUACAACCUCUUGGUURCAUCGAAUUGGAUCUACCUUAUGUACCUGAAAAGGCAACCCGCCCGCCUCCACAAGCUGUUGAUCCUUACUCAAGAUAUGGCCCCAAUCCAGAGAUAUCUCACAUUUUCCGACCUCAGGAGAAGCGUCCUCMUCAAGAGCUCUCUCAUGCUUUCUUGGGUCUCGUUUUUGUUCCGCUUCUUGCCUUUUUCUUCGGGUUGUUGCGUCUUGGUGUGAACAUGAAGAACUUCCCUACAUCAACAGUACCCGCUACAUUUGCCAUCCUAUUCCACGGUGGUAUUGCAGCCGUUCUCAUACUCUAUGCGCUUUUCUGGUUAAAGCUCGAUCUUUUCACGACGUUGAAAACGUUGGGAUUCGUGGGGAUGUUCUUGUUGUUCGUGGGACAUCGGACUCUUUCACACCUUGCUUCGACAUCCGCRAAGGUGAAAUCAUCUUAGAAAUACAACAAAACCAGAAUGGUUGAUUUGGGACUUUUGGUUUACAUAGAAAGAUUAGGGUAUGGAAACUUGAUUUUAGCAACAAUUGUUGAAUUAUAGCGAUGCGGUAUUCGGAUAAUGCUGAUUAAUUAAUUAAAGGAAGAGUUGGUAUUUAUUUUUUUGAUA